CGCUCCCACCCCCUCGCCUGCCUCCACCCUCCUUCCCUUUCUCUCUCUCUCGCUCGGCGAGAGCGCUGUGCCUCCUUUCCCAGAUGGCAGCCGGCAGCGCCAUGCAGCCUCCCGUUCCUCCUCCUCCUCUCCCUCCUCUCCGGCUCUAAGUUAAUGCCAUGCUGCCGCUGCUCUUCCCGGCACUGCUGGCCGCCUGCCUGCCGCCCUGCCAGGGCUGGAGCCCCUCGGCGGCUGCCAGCGGGCAGGAGGAGCAGGAGCUCUUCUUGCCCCCUGCCAACUCCUCCUCCCGCUCCUUGGCCAGCCUCGAGAUGGACCUCGACGGGGCAGCGAGCAAGGAAGAAGGCAGCACCGACAGCCCGGGCACGCCGGCUGCCCCUAGCCAAGAGCCUUUCCCUUCCGCUCCCACCACCUCCGGGCAGGAGCAGCCGGAGCAGGAGCAGCCGGGGCAGGAGCAGGAGCAGCAGCAGCAGCGUCCCCAGCCGCAGGGGCAGCCGCAGCCCGCCGAGGAUCCGCACUGCAACAUCAGCGUGCAGCGACAGAUGCUGAGCUCGCUGCUGGUGCGCUGGAGCCGCCCGCUGGGCAUCCAGUGCGACCUCCUGCUCUUCUCCACCAACAGCCACGGGCGGGCCUUCUUCUCCGCCGCCUUCCACCGCGUGGGGCCGCCGCUGCUCAUCGAGCACCUGGGGCUGGCGGCCGGCGGCGCCCAGCAGGACUUGCGCCUCUGCGUGGGCUGCAGCUGGGUGCGGAGCAGGCGGGUCGGGCGGCUGCGGGGCGCCGCGCCCCAGCCCCAGCCCCCCGCCGCCUCCUCCUCGCUUUCCUACCCGCCGGCGGCCGAGCCUGGCCAGUACUGGCUGCAAGGGGAGCCGCUGAAUUUCUGCUGCCUGGAUUUCAGCCUGGAGGAGCUGAAGGGCGAGCCGGGCUGGCGGAUGAACCGCAAGCCCAUCGAGUCCACCUUGGUGGCGUGUUUCAUGACUCUGGUCAUCAUCGUGUGGAGCGUGGCCGCCCUCAUCUGGCCCGUGCCCAUCAUCGCCGGGUUCCUGCCCAACGGCAUGGAGCAGCGCCGGGGCACCGCCGCCGGCACCGCCGCCGCCGCCAAGUAGCCUCUCCCGGUGACUCUCCCGGUGACCCCCUUCUCUUCGACCUGUGCUCCGGAGGGAGGCGGGACGGACUCUGUCGUGUUUUUCCUGUUUGCGGCGUGCCACAGGUGCGCGGCGGGACUUGGGGCCGCCUCAGCGCCCGGUCCGGCCCCGAGGGGACCAAGUAAUAUGUGCGCGUUUUAUAUCUUUAAUACCCGUUUUAAACGAACCUUUUAGUAAAAAAACCCAACAACAACAAAAA